AUGGAUCACAUCAAGGACAGCACUCUCUCGGCAGUCGAGGUGGAUCGGGAGCGGGAGGCAGCACCGGCGAUUGAAGCUCUGGACAGUCUCAAACAACCAGUUGCGCCGGAUCAAUUCGAGGAGCAAUACCGCACGAGCCGGACGGAGAUCUGGGCUUAUUAUGCCUAUUAUAUUGGCAACAAUGGCCUGUCACUCUUCAACUUCGCGCCCACAGCGUUCCAAAACCUGCUAUACCAAGCCGCCCCCUACGAUGGAAUCAUGGAGUUUGCGGGUCGUCCCCGCUCAGUCAACAGCAUUGUGCUCCUAUGCAACGGAAUCUCGUUCGCUAUUCAGGUCGUUGUCUUUUUGUCCCUCGGUAGUUUUGCCGAUUUUGGCCAUUGGCGUCCCAAUAUCUUGCUUGGGCUCUCGAUCCUUGCCUAUGCGAUUGGUUUCGGCUGGCUGGGAGUUCAUACCUCAGGUAAAUGGGAGGUCGGGGUAGGAUUAUACAUCGUCGGCCUGAUCGCCUAUCAAACCACGUUGACUUUUUGGACUGCUGCCUUCCCCGGUCUGGCGCGCAAUACAAUCGAGUUGAAAGAAAAGGCCGAUGCAUAUAUAGCUGGCACAGUGACCCGCGAUGAAUACGAUUAUGCCGACAUGAUGAUGCGCAGUCGCCUCGCCAAUACUGCCUUCUAUGUCCAGUCUGUGGGCGAGCUUUUCAUCCUGGCUGUCAUAGUUGGCAUCAUGUUUGCCUUGAAUGUCAACGCAAGUGAAGCUAACAACAAUUGGGGUUUGAGUGUGUUGAUUGCUUUUGCAUCGGGUGUCUGGCUGCUUGUAUCGCUGCCAUGGUUCUUUCUUGAAAAACGCCGCCCCGGCCAGGAUCCCGGGAGACGUGGUGUACUGGUCGCAGGCAUAUGGCAGGUUUGGCAUGCGAUGAAGCAGAUUUGGAAGCUGAAGCAGAGCUUGAUUUACCUUAUCGGCUAUUUCCUUCUGGGGGAUUCAUUGAACACCACUGUGACCGUUAUCUCAACUUUACAGAAUAGCAUUGUUGCAUACAACACUCUCCAGCUGACGUAUCUCCUCAUUGUUGGGAUUGCAGCUCAGGUCAGUCUUAUACUCGGGCACUAUCUCCAGAUCCAAAAUUUUAACCGUGCAGUUCAAAUCCAGGCGGUCGGAAUCUAUUCUUUCUGGUUCAUUCAGCAGCGUUACCAGCUAGGAACUAAGGCUAUGUUCAACACUAUCGCAUUCGGAAUUAUUCUCCUAGAUGGUUGGGGUAUGAUUGGGAUCUGGACUAAUAAAUUCGGAUUCCACAAUGUCUGGGAAGUCUGGGUCUAUCAAGCAUUCUACGGACUCUUCAUCUGCCCGUGGUACAGCUAUUCGCAAAUCAUGAUUUCAGAAGUCACCCCGCGUGGCCAUGAGUUUCUGUUCUUCAGUCUCUUCAGCAUUAUUGGCAAGACUUCAUCCUUCAUCGGCCCUAUUGUCUCGAGCGCUAUCAUCGACGCAAGUCCGAGUGGCAACUCUUCGACUCCAUUCUAUUUCCUUUUCGCACUGAGCUUAGUCAGCUUUGGAAUUCUGUUUUUCGGGGUUGAUCUGAAGAAAAGUCAGGAAGAGCAACAAGCUUUUUUACUCGAGAAGAUGCGCCAUCUUGAGAAUAGCACAUCUUCAUUUCCGGAGGGGAGACUAUCCACUACUGUGUGA